GCUUACACGAAGUUCACCACAAGAGGUCAGUGUUGAGCAGGACAGAAAUCAUGUUUACCGUCGAUAAUCUUUAGAAACAUGAGGCGGUCAGUCAGAUAAGUUUGGGAGCGAUUUUUUAAAAUUUGCUUUUUAUUGUUAGUAUCUUGUCAGACCUUUGAAAAUUGUAAAAUUACUCCUGUAGCAUUAAUGUGCUCAUCUUUGUGGUCAAAAGUAGUUACUACUUUGAUCAGCGCUAUCACUGAUUUUAUUUAUGAUCUCGGUCAACUGGGACUCUCUGGGGAAAUGGAUAGGCAGAGCUGUUGUAGGAACCUUUGCUUUAUGGUCUCGUUUAGGUUUUGUUCCGCUUCCUAAAAGUCUUUUUUACUGCUGUGCCUUCAAAUGAUUUUACAUUUCUAAAUUUGCUCCUGUCUCCGCUCCACGGACCGACGUCGCUGCAAUGAGAACCUGCAACAGACUCCUUGCUGUAACUCUAAUUUUCAUCACAUCAUUUCCAGAUCUCCAGGUAGAAACACUCAAAGUGACUGGAUAUGUUGGUAAAGAGGUCAUUUUGAAAUGCCAGUUAGCCCCAGAAUCAGAAAAUAUUACUCAGAUUCAGUGGGAAUUUGAGUCCACAACUAUUCUUGUUUUCAACCCCGAGCAAGGAAUGAAUAUAAAAGAUUCUCCCCUAAAGGAAAGAAUAAAUCUUACAGGACAGUCACUGAAAAUUAGAGAUGUGGAAAUGACAGAUUCAGGGAAUUACACCUGCUCUGUAGCCACAUUCCCAAGUGGAUCACAUGAAGAAAUCAUCAAACUUGUUGUUGUUACUGGCGAUCCUGUCUCAGAAAAAACCAACCAGACACCGAUGCCAGCAGGGCAACUUUGCGCGAUCAUCAUCUCUGCUGUGCUGCUUCUGGGGAUCCUGACGGCUGCAGCUUACCUUACCUAUGUCAGAAGACAUAAAGCGGCUCGCAGACUUGAAGUCCACAUAGACACAUCAAGUCGUGUAGCGAGUGUGAACAGACCAUCUUAUAUCUACAAGGACCCGGUGAGCACAGAGGAAAUGGUGUAUGCGGAUGUGAGGCCUAAGCGGACCAGAAAUUCAGGAUCUUCACUGAUUAAAAUACCCAGAGCAGCUGCAAAGACUGAGGAAGUCACAUAUGCAGAGGUCAGGGUUUAUCAUCAGAGGCCCAAUUUAGAAACAGUGUUUAGUGUUUGAAUGCUGCAUCGAACAGAUUUGCUGCAAAAGUUCUGUUUAUAUAUAUAUAUGUAUAUAUUUAUAUAUAUGUAAAAUAACGUCUACCCCUGAUUUCAAUCAUUUGCAGCUCUGUGGUCGAUCUGCACAUGCUAUUUGCAAACUACUCAGACUAAAUGAUAACAUCACCACCUCAGCAUGCAUGCCUGUAACUUGUGGUUGCUGUUUGCCAAAAUGCAGUCUAUUUCUAUGUUGUUUUAAUUUAUGUAUUUAUUUCUUUAACAUUUUUCUUAGCCAGAAAAUGAAGAAGAAACUGCAGGAAACUUUAAAGUAGAAAGAAAAUGAUCAGGUCAUUUUUACCAAAUAAAAACCUGGCUUAAAAAUGAUAGGCUUCCCCUUUAACUGUUGUAGCCUUGAAUGAAAUCCAGUGAAACCAAUUUUUGUCAGAGGUUUCCCAAUCAGUUAAUUGACCUGGAUAAUUGAACCUUUAUUUUGAUUAUAGACUCAGUUAUUCUGAGAAGGUCUAAGAGCUCAGUCAUUACUCCAUUGACAGGAUAACAAAUCUGACUUUCAUUGAGUUGUGAGAAGAAGAAAGCCAUAAGGUGUCCAAGUUUGCAGUUUAUUUUAUUACUUUCAUUCAGUUUGUUUAUAAUGCGCUAACUUAUAACUCACUUAUCAAGGAACUUUCCAAAAACCCAGCUAAUUCAAUCCAAUUAUACACAAUACGUAACUGAAUUGUGCAAUUCAGUUAUUCCAAAUUUAUCCUAGUUACCAAACAAUGCAGUCAAAUUUGUCUUAUUAUUAAAAUUGGUUAAAAUGUUUUGUACUUCUGGAAACCUUUAGAUUACUUUGGGUCAUUGACCUCCAGCAUUUAGUCCUCCUGAAAGGGCUUAUAGCCACAGCUGCUUUCAUUGCAGUGCUGACUUAGCAACAAUCCCUCUCACUGAGCAUGCAUGGAGCGAUAGUGGAGAGAAAAACUCCUAAAGCAGAACGUGACUCAGAGUGAAAGAUGAUCUACCACAAUAGAUUGAGUAUUUGAGAAAACACAGCAUACACACAAAAAACACAGAAGCUGUGAUCAAGAGAUACGUUGUCUUCUGCUGCGUUCACACUGCAGCAUGAAGUGACCCAAAUCUGAUUUUUUUGUGAAAUUGUACUUCAUUUAUUUUUUUUUUUAAGGUUGUUCACACUUCCAAAUAUAUGCGACUUGUAUGUGAUCUCUGUGAACUGUAAAUGACCUGAAAGUGUCCUGUCUGGUCAGUAAAGAGUGCAAUAACGUCAGCGUUCUGUGUUUUACCAACUGCUAUGAAAAAGAAGAAGUGAAAGUAAAUGUUCAUUUUAAUGGUGGAGCAUAACUUAAUCUUCAUUAUGGUUGUUAUUUUUCUUCCUGCUUGCACAUAUCAGGACACAGAAUAGUGACGUUUGUGGAGUAUCGAUUAUGUUCAGGUCAGAUGAUGAAUGCCAUCUGGCUGUUCAGAACUUGGGUCACACAUGAUUUUAUACCACAUAUCCAAGAAAAAACAAAA